UGGGGGGGGGGGGCGUGCAGGCAGGAGUGGGGGGGGCGCACCGCAGCAUGUGAGGCGGGCGGCCCGUCCGGCGCCUGACGGUCAGGGCCGCCCCGCUGCCCCCCGCGGGGGUGCGGCCGCCCCGCGGCGCGGUGGGGGAGGCAGCAGCAGCAUCCGCACCACCACCGGGGCCCGGCAUGCCGCGCUGCCGGAACUGCUGCCCGCCGCUCAGCUCGGUGCCGGCGCGGCGGCGGCUCCCCUUUUUCGGCGGCUCCCCCCGCCGUUCGGUGCCGCUGCCCGGGGCGGGGGGGGGGGGAGCCCGGCAUGGCGCGGCGCUGAGCCCCGGGCGGCGGCGGCGGGGAGCGCCCAUGGCGCGGGGGCGGCGGCGGGCGCCGGCGCUGCGCACGCGGCUGCACGGGCUGCGGCACAUGGUGCGGCGGCGGGCGGCGCCGGCGCGGCGGGCGCUGUGGGUGCUGGCCUUCGGCGCGGCGCUGGGCUUGCUGCUGGCCUGGUCCUCCGAGCGGCUGCUGCACUGGCUGGCCUUCCCCUCCCACACCCAGGUGCGCACCCGCUGGAGCCGGCAGCUGGCCUUCCCCGCCGUCACCCUCUGCAACAACAACCCCCUGCGCUUCCCCCGCCUCUCCAAGGGGGAUCUCUACUACGCCGGGCACUGGUUGGGGUUGCUGCUGCCCAACCGCACCGCCCGGCCGCUCCUCACCGAGCUGCUGCGGGGCGACGAGGCGCGGCUCCGCUGGUUCGCCAAACUGGCCGAUUUUCGCCUCUUUUUGCCCCCCCGGCACUACGAGGGCAUCAGCGCCGAGUUCAUGGACCGCUUGGGCCACCAGCUGGAGGACAUGCUGCUCUCCUGCAAGUACCGCGGCGAGCUCUGCGGGCCGCACAACUUCUCCGCGGUGUUUACAAAAUAUGGGAAAUGCUACAUGUUUAACUCAGGAGAAGAAGGACGGCCUCUUCUUACCACAGUUAAAGGUGGGACAGGCAAUGGACUGGAAAUCAUGCUGGACAUACAGCAGGAUGAAUAUUUGCCAAUAUGGGGAGAAACAGAGGAGACGACGUUCGAGGCCGGAGUCAAAGUCCAGAUCCACAGCCAGUCUGAGCCGCCUUUCGUCCAGGAGCUGGGCUUCGGGGUGGCCCCUGGAUUCCAGACCUUUGUGGCCACCCAAGAGCAAAGGCUGACGUACCUGCCUCCGCCGUGGGGUGAAUGUCGCUCGUCGGAUAUGGGCUUAGACUUCUUUCCCGUUUACAGUAUCACGGCUUGCAGGAUCGACUGCGAGACCCGGUAUAUUGUGGAAAACUGCAACUGCAAAAUGGUUCACAUGCCAGGGGAUGCGCCCUUCUGUACCCCGGAGCAGUAUAAGGAAUGCGCAGAGCCUGCGCUCGGUUUGCUUGCUGAAAAGGACAGCAAUUACUGCAUCUGCAGGACACCCUGUAACCUGACCAGGUACAACAAAGAGCUCUCCAUGGUCAAGAUCCCCAGCAAGACUUCAGCCAAGUACCUGGAGAAGAAGUUCAACAAGUCGGAAAAAUACAUCUCAGAGAAUAUUCUUGUGCUGGACAUAUUUUUUGAAGCACUCAACUAUGAGACAAUUGAACAGAAGAAAGCCUAUGAAGUGGCAGCCUUACUUGGUGACAUCGGAGGCCAGAUGGGGCUAUUUAUCGGUGCUAGCAUCCUCACUAUCCUAGAGCUCUUCGAUUAUAUAUACGAGCUGAUCAAGGAGAAAUUACUAGACCUACUCGGAAAGGAGGAAGAGGAAGGGAGCCAUGAUGAAAACGUGAGCACUUGCGACCCCAUGCCAAAUCAUUCGGAAACCAUCAGCCACACUGUGAACGUGCCACUGCAGGCCACCCUGGGAACGCUGGAGGAGAUCGCCUGCUGACACCGUCCGACUGCUCCACAGUGCCAACACCUAAGGAAGGAAAACUGCACAGGAAAGCAGGGACCGAGCUCAGUCUCUGAUUUUCACUACAAGAAGGAACUCGCGGGCCCAGCCAUCCCCUGAAAUCACCAUUACUAACGUCGUAGGCUGAAUUAGAAUAAAGAAACAAAAAGUCGCAGCUCUUGGAUUCUUCUUACGUUCUUGUCCUUCGUGUCAGUCUGUGAUGAAUCUUAAGCUAAGCCGGGUCCCCCGAGGCCGGGCCACCGCCGGGGCUCCUCAGCGCUACCAGUCACCCCAAGGUGAGCAUCCCUGGAGAGGGGCCGGACCGGUGGCUCUUGGUGGAACGUGUGUGUGUCCCCCCCCAAGCUGCUGUGUCGUGCUCCUCCGUCUGCAGUGCCUGGAUAGUCCGUCUGCGGCGGGUGGGCACGGGGCGGUGGGUUUCUAUAUUAUGUUUUUAUUUUAU